AUGGAGGCUCCCUGUCAGCUUUGGCCGUGGUCAUUAUUUGUCCUCCUGGCUGUCCCACAGCUGCUGGGUGCACAGGAAGCCUGCUCCCAGGGUGCCUGCUACCCUCCAGCCAGAGAUCUCCUGCUGGGACGAGCCCAUGACCUGAAGGCCUCCUCCACCUGUGGCCUUACCAAGCCUGAGACCUACUGCACACCCCAUGGAGAGUGGAGUGUGAGAUGCUGCAGGUGUGACUCACGGCUGCCUCACUCCUACAACGGGCACCGUGUGGAGAACGUCCUGUCCUCGGCCGGGCAUGCGCGCUGGUGGCAGUCCCAGAACCGUGCUGACCCCGUGUCCUUGCAGCUGGACCUGGAGCAGACGUUUCAGCUCAGCAGCAUCCUGCUUCACUUCAGGUCCCCGCUGCCUGCUGCCAUGCUGAUCGAGCGCUCCUCCGACUUUGGCAGGACCUGGCAGGUCUACCAGUACCUGGCCUCUGACUGUGCCACCUCCUUCCCCCACGUGCCCCAGGGCUCCCCCGAGAGCUGGCAGGAUGCUCGGUGCCAGGCGCUGCAGAGGCACCCUCUGCAUGGGGGCAAGGUGACAUUCAACAUCCAAGACCUGGCAUCUGCCAUCACUUCCUCCUACAGCCAGACUGUUGACAAGCUGGGGCCAUUCACCAACCUGAGGAUCAACUUCACUGAGCUCCCCCACGUUCCACACCAGGGCUACCACUCGCCCAGCACCUUCUAUGCCCUGGCGGAGAUGCAGGUGCUGGGGAGCUGCUUCUGCCAUGGCCACGCCGACCACUGUGGCCCUUCAGAAGAUCCACACACUGAGGUCCAUGGGCACUGUGUGUGCCAGCACAACACCGCUGGGCCCCACUGCGACCGCUGUGCCGACCUCUACCACGCCCGGCCCUGGGCACCUGCUGAGGACAGUGACCCCCACGAGUGCCAGAGGUGCAACUGCAAUGGCCACUCAUCUUCGUGCCACUUUGACCCGGAGCUGUUCCGUGCCAGCGGAGGGGUGAGUGGGGGAGUCUGUGACAACUGCCAGCACAACACUGAAGGCAACAGCUGUGAGCGCUGCAAAAGGAACUAUUUUCGCAACCAGCAGCAGGAUCUGGCCCAUCCUGAAGCCUGUCUGCCCUGUGAGUGUGACCCGGAUGGCACCGUGCCAGGCUCCGUCUGUGACCCCCUGUCGGGGCACUGCGUCUGCAAGGAGAACGUGCAGGGGGAUCGCUGCCACCUCUGCAAGCCAGGCUUUGCCCAGCUGGACAAUGCCAACCCCGUGGGGUGCCACAGAUGCAGCUGCAAUGUGCUGGGCACACGGCAGGACAUGCCCUGUGACGAUGAGUCUGGGAGGUGCUUCUGCUUGCCCAACGUGGUGGGCAGCGACUGCGACCAGUGCGCCGCCGGGCACUGGGAGCUGGAGAGUGGCCGUGGCUGCCAGGCCUGUGGCUGCCACCCCCAGGGCUCCCACAGCCCCCAGUGCAACCAGUUCACAGGACAGUGUCCAUGCAGAGAAGGCUUCACGGGAAGGACGUGCUCUGCCAUGCAGGAGCAGGUCUGCCCAGACAGACACUAUGGAGAUGCCUGGGGAAGGUGCACAGAGUGUGACUGUGACUUCCAGGGCACAGAGGACGUGGGGUGUGACAAGAGCAGUGGUCAGUGCCUCUGCCGCCCGGGCGUCACGGGUGCCCGCUGCGACCGGUGCCAGCGUGGCCACUGCAGCACCUACCCAGGCUGUGAGCUGUGCCACCCUUGCUUCCACACCUAUGAUGGAGAUAUCCAGAGCCUGCUCCUGCGCCAGGCUGGCCUCAGCAACUCCACCUCACAUCUGCCCCCUGGGACUGGGGCGUCCCACCUCGGCCCCCGGCUCUCGCAGGCAGAGGGCAACGUGCAGCGGGCACAGGGUCUCCUCGGCCACUCUUCUGUGACAGAGCAGAGCCUGGCCCAGGUGGACAGGGCACUCACUGCCAUCAGAGAGCAGGUCCAAGGCAUAAAUCCUGACCAUCAUUUUCGGGAUGAGACUGCCUCUCUAUCACGGGAGCUGGAAGCCCUCAACAGCAGCUUGUUUAUCACUAACACCCAGUACCAAAGCAAGAAGAGCCAGCUUGAAAGCAGCCACAGCACAGAUCUGUCAGGAGCCUUGAAGACAAUCAGAUCUGCUUACCAGACAUCCAGCAAUGCCAGCAGCAUGGUCACCACUGCCUCCAGGCUGCUGGCUGAGGCCCGGGAGAGCCGCAGGAGUGCUGUGGGACUGGAGGGGGGGCUGGCUGAGUCCACCUCCAAGCUGCUGGCCAUGAAGGGGCAGAUGGCCUCAUCCCCCAACCUGACCCCUGUCAUAAAUAAGAUCUGUGGUGGCUUCCGAGCAGAGACCUGCACACCAGCCCGGUGUGAGGAGCUCCUGUGCCCAAGGGACAACAGCAGCAGCUGCAGGGAUGGGCACCUCUGCCAUGGCAUCUUCCCUCUGGCCCAUGGGGCUGUGGCCACGGCUGGGGAAGCUGCCAGGGAGCUGGGCAGCCUCAGCACUAGGCUCCGGGAGACAGCAGAGCUGAUCAGAGCAACAGAGACAUCUGUGAGUCAGAUCCAGAGCAGCGCUCGGCGGCUGGUGGAGCAGAUGAGUGUGACCAGGACCCAGAUAGAAGGAGAUGUGAGACGUGUCCAGAAGUUCAUCCAGCAAGUCAGAACCUUCUUGGCAGACAAGGACCUGGACCCCACCACCAUCCAGGAAAUCAGUGAGUCAGUUCUGUCCCUGCGGCUCCCCACGGAUGCUGCCGCGGUGCGGAGAAAAAUGACCGAGAUCCAAAACCUGGUGACUCAGCUGCAGUGCCCAGAGAGUGUCCUGGCCCAGACAGCCCAGGACAUGGCCAAGGCCAAGCAGCUUCAGCAGGAAGCAGAACAAGCCAGGAACCGUGCGAAUGCCGUGGAGGGGAACGUGGAGGAGGUGGUUGGGAAUCUGCGCCGAGCUAACACGGUGCUGCUGGAGGCCCAGGGCACCAUCAGGGGCUCUGGCUCCUCCCUUCGGUUCAUUCAGGAACGUGUCGAUGAAAUUGAGGCUGUUCUGGGUCCAGCUGAGAAGAAUGUGCAGGCCAUGGCAGGCCAGCUGGCUGGGCUGCUGGAGAGGAUCUCACAGCUGCAGCGUGGGGUGGACCAGAACCGACUGCGGGCAGACGAUGCGCAGCAGACAGCCCAGGAGGCAGCCCAGCAGGCCAGGAGUGCCCAGCAGGCUUUGGAACAAGUGAAGCAAAUGUACGUGGAGCUGAAGGGGAGGCUGGGAGAGAGCCCAGCCCUGGGAGAGCAGGGCAGCAGGGUGCAGAGCAUAGACCUGCAGGCACAGGCUCUCUUCGAGGAGACUUUGGCCAUGAUGCUCAGGAUGGAAACUUUACAGACAGAGAUUCAGGAGAGCAACCAGGCUUUGAUGUCCAAGACAGCCAGGCUGUCAGGCCUGGAGGAGCAGGUGGGAAGGAUCCGAGAUGCCAUCAACAAGCAAGUUGCCUACUAUGGGAGCUGCUCCUGA